GACAAAUCGCAUGUCGAUUGUGCAACACUGUGAGAUCACCACAGACUGACACGAAAGACACCAAUGUCGUUCCAUACCAAGCCGAUAACCUUGCAGGGGAUUGUACCUGAAUAAUAAUAUAAUUUGAUACCAAGCUUAUAUUUGUCUCAGAUCAGACCGUGUUCAUUGUACAUAAAGACAGCAAUUGGGCUUCGUAACUCAAGGACGUCAUAGCUAUUAUAGCAGCAACGCCCACGAAAUAUCCGCUACAUUAUUAAUUAUAGUUGACGUGCUGUCGUAGGCCUGCGCAAAAGUUAAGGAAAUAUAGUUCCUGGUGACUACAUAAACUGUACGCUAGUUUGUUUCGAAAGAAUAAUUCUUCAGUAAUAAGAGGUAUUAAAACAUGGAGUUUAAGUACGUUCUCACACCGAAUGGAUUAUUGAAGAUCAUCGAGUCUGUUCUUCUGGUCAUCGGUUUUGCCCUCAUCGUCGACAUUAUCAUCGAUAUCGAAAACAGUAAAUGUGUCCGCUUUUUCAAUAAUGAGAUCUGUGGUGACGGAGCCCCGUGGGAGUAUUUCAUAUUUGCGGUUUUUGCAAUCCUUGUGGCAAUUCUGACGUUGGUUGCUUUAGUGGCUCAUCUUAUUAUGCCUGCAUGGAUGAAACUGAUUAAAGCAAAAGUCGCAAAAGUGGAACUUGUGUCCUGUGUUGUAUUUGCUAUUCUGGCUCUGGUCGGGUCUGCAUGCCUGGCGUCUGCGAUAAAUAAAGAUCAAGAUGAGCAAGUCGCAGCCUGUGUGCUCGGAUUCAUAGCAUUUGCUCUGUUGUUGGUGGAAUGUGUUUUCCUGUACCGUACAGCGGAUUCUCUUUCUUUGUAAUUUAAUAUUUCCUAAUACCUGGUUUCAAAUCGCUACAUGCUAUCGCCGCAGCUUUUGGCGACGCUGAUUGGUCGGUCGAUCAGAGAGCCUUCCCGAUUGGGUCGGCGACAGUUACGCAGUAAAAAAACUGUAGCAACAAGGUAGCGAUGGUAUGGAAACCAGGAUUAAACUUUUCAUCAAAGUGGUGCUGUAACUGUAGUAUAUGAAUCUUUGGACUUGGAGGAUGCAGCUUAUUGCUUUAUAGUGACACAUGCCACCUACGAUGAAGAACACCGAACAGAAUAAAUUUUUGUUUUGUAGAUGUUUCGUGUUCCUGUUUUAUAUUUUGUAGAUUUCACGUUUUAUCAUUUUCAUUAUACUCACUUUCAAUAUCUGUAAUCAGGGAACAGUUAACUGUUCCGUGGUAUAAUGUACUGUGGGCUAAAUUGUCUUCCGUCUGUAGCAUAGAACUGCAGGACGCGUUGACGCCCAUGCAUACAGGUACACUUUAGAUUUGUGUAGCAGUUUACUUGGGUAGAAAAGUCCUUAAAUUUCAACCAGGAACAAUAUAAUUCUGUUGUAGAAUAAUUGUGAUCAUGAAUUUCUGUUAAAAGAACAAACCCCAAUGGCAGAACAAUUUUAUGAUCCUUGAUUUUGUAUUCAAAUAAACAGUGUUUGUGAAAUAUAA